CAAAAGUUACACUCAACUUGUUUCAGUUGAUUUUUAAAUUCUUCAACAUGUCUAUUAUUUAUUUAUUUUUUUUACUCAGUAUUUUUUGGAUUUAUAAUAUAAACAGUUUGUCAGUUGUCAUUGAUUAUGACUCAAAUGAAGAUGAAAAUAUUUUUGGAGAAUUUAAAAAUAGACAGCAAGAUCGUAUGAUUUUUCCAGGAACAAAAUGGUGCGGAAGAGGAAAUAUUUCUGAAGGCUAUGACGAUCUUGGUUAUUAUGAAGAAGUUGACAAAUGCUGUAGAUCUCAUGAUUAUUGUCCUGAUGUCAUUGAAGGAUACGAGUCCAAACACAAUCUUACAAAUUUAAAAUCUUAUGCAAGGCUUCACUGUUCUUGCGAUGAGGAAUUUUAUGAUUGUCUUCAUGAUCUAGACCACAUGAUUGGCAAUCAGAUAGGUAGAAUGUAUUUUACUCUUCUCCAUACACAGUGUUUUCGUGAAGACUAUCCAAUAGUCUCCUGCAAACAUUAUUCAACGUUUCCUAAACGCUGCUUGGAGUAUGAACUGGAUGAAAGCCAAGAGCAAAUAUACCAAUGGUUUGACGUACCGUGUUACUGAUGAUGAUCGUCGACCCGGAAUCAAGCAUCGACAAAGUGCUCUUCCAUUUCCUUCACUGUUAACUUUUCUGUGUGUGAACUUCAAUGUUCAUUCGUUGAUGAAUACUUCAACUAAUGGAUCUACGCCCUGGCUACUUAAUUAGCCGGAAAUUAACCCUCUAAAAUUUCUCAAAUACAUAUAUUCAAUUUUCAAAAUUAAUUGUAACAUUAAAUGCCAAAUAAAACAUAUUAAAAUAAGU